AUGGGGCAGCGGGGAUUCGAACCCGGCUCCAGAGCCCGCGCGCUCUUAACCCGCGUGCGCACAGCGGGAGCUCUGCCCGUGCUCCGCAAAAGGAACCUGUUUCUUGUCGGGGGCGGGGCUCGGGACACGCUUGGCACCUUCCAGCCCCGCCCCCUGCAGCCCACAAGCCCCGCCCACCGCGGCCCACAAGCCCCUCCCCCCCGGCCUGGGCGGAGCCCGCGCGGGAUCCGGGUGGCUGCGGGCGGCGGCGGCGGCGGCGGGGCCGGGGUCGCGGCCGGGGCCAGGCCGCAGCGAGUUCGGAGGCGGAACCCCCGCGGGGCAGCGCUCCCCCCACCUCCAGGCGAGGUGACCCCCCCCAACCCAGAGGGAGAGCCCCCCACCCCCCACGCCGUGCACCUCUGCAGCCCAGCAGGUCCGGGGGCACCCGGGGCUUUGGGGGGUGGUGGUGGAGGGGAGGUGGGGACCUGGGGACCCGAGACGGGGCGGCCGGGGACGCCUCUUCCCUCGCCCCCCACCCAGCUGGGCUCCGGGGCGAGCGUGAAUGGGGGCGGGCGAGGCGGAGGGGACAGCUGGGGACAGCAGAUGGGCCAUAUGGUGAUGCGGGAACGCCGCUCAGCGCCCCUCCUCGGGCCCCGCCUCCCCAGAUCCAGGGGAGGGGGCCAGGGCCGAACCCCCCCCAGGGGUGCCAGGCGCAGGGGACGGUCGGCCGACGGUCAGAUCGAGGUGGGACCGGCAGCCCGACCGAGAUGGGGAAACUGA